AUGAGCGCUGACAUGGCGCAGACGGCUGACGUGGCAGAAGCCGCUGAUUGGCGGGUGCUGAUCACGUUCGACGUGGACGGCACGCUGGUCCACUCCGUCGGCUCUGAAUCCAAUAAAUUACAUAAACGCGCGUUCGCGCAUGCAAUGAAGAAGGUGUUUGGCAUCCAUGGCACCAUAGACGCUAUUCAGCACCACGGCAGCACGGACCAGGCAGUGCUGAUCAACACGCUCGAGUUCUACGGCAUUCCCAGACACAUCAGCGAGCCACAGCUGCCAGUGUUAUGUGAAGCCAUGCUGCAGUACUGUCAGCAGCAUGCGGGGGAUGCAGCGGAUGGCAUUGCGCUGCUGCCAGGUGUCCGCGUGCUAUUGGAGGAGCUCUCCCGCAUGCAGCCCCGUGUGGUGGUGGGACUGGUGACAGGCAAUCUGGAGCCGAUAGCAUGGCUCAAGAUGGCAGGGUUGGAGGUGGAUUCGCUCUUCACCACGCCACGCAUUGGGGGGUUCGGCAGCGACCACAUGGAUCGGGGAGAGCUAGUUCGGAUAGCAAGGCAACGAGCGAAUGAGAGAAUUGCGGGGCCGCCCUUUCGGCUGCAUGCACAUGUUGGCGACACGCCUAACGACAUCAUAGCUGCCAGGUUCGGCGGUGCCAAGCCUAUCGGCGUCUGCACCGGCAUUUUUUCCAGGGCUGAGCUGCUGGCUGUGCUGCCACCAUGCCAGUCCAUUGGACCACUCCCGAGCGGAGCCACAGGUUCGGACUCUACAUGUGCCGAUGCAGCACAAGUAACAGGAGCAGAGGAAGCAGCAGAAGUAGCAGCAGCUGAGGAAGCAGCUGAAGCAUCAAGCUCUUUUGCAGUUGUUUCCGGACCACCCGAUUGUGACAGUAACGGUGCCUGUGUUGGUGGCAGCAGCAGGGGCACGGCUGGUGCUGUGCUGCACGAAGCAGUGAUUCUCGAUUCUUUGGAGUGUACCAUUACUUUUCUUAAGGCGUGUACACUCUCCAUGUAA